AUGCCACGUGGCUAUGCCCAAAUGAGGGCCUCAGCAAUGAACCAGGUUUUUGAGCUGUGCCAGCACCUUAUUGAACAAGCCAAAGUCCAAUACCGGGAUAUGGUCUGGGGUCAACUUCAAAUCAACCCAGCUGAACAUUUGGGACCACUCCCAUCGCAACCUGAGUUCAAUGUUGCAUUGAAACCCGAGUUCAAUGCUGACUGGGUCCGGAUGGCACACAUCCGCUUGCAUAUGGUACAUCACAAGUACGCCCUCCCUGAAUCAUCCCUCUCUGAAUGGUCAACCCUUGACCAGGAGUUACACGAAUUGGCCCAAAAGGAUCAGAAAUACCAAAUUGCCCAUGCCCAAUCCAUUCUCAUCCGGGACCACGAGCUCUUCAAUGGAAUUAAUACUCUUGCAAGUAUUCCUCAUGCAAACCUCAGGCUACCCACUGCAGAUGAAAUCAGCAUGCGCCUUGAACUCAUAGCACAGGGAGUCAAUGAUGCACCUUGGGCUUGA